AUGCUCUCCAAAAACCUCAUCCUUGCUGCUGCCCUCGUGGGACAAGCUUACGGUUUGACUAUCAACACUCCUGCCUCCCUCGUUCAAUGUCAACCCGCCUCCAUCACUUUCGCUGAUGGUACCGCUCCUUACAUUCUUGCCGUCAUCCCCGGUGGUGAAGUCUCAUCUGCUGCUAUUGAAACCAUCGAGGACAGUGCCACUUCAUCCCCGGUCACCUGGACCGUCAACCUUGCUUCUGGUACCUACAUUACUCUCAAGUUGACUGAUUCAACGGGUACCAUCGCCUAUUCGUCCCCUCUUACCAUCCAAGCCGGUUCAUCCAGCUCUUGUUUGAACAGUACCGCCGCCACCAGCGGUGUCUCCACUAGUGCCGUCACCACUACCGUCACUUCUUCUGGAACCGCUAGCGCCGUCUCCAAUGCCGUGUCUACCACCUCAACUACUUCCGCCGCCAGCUCCGCUGCCGCUUCUACUAGCCGAGCCGCCUCUGCCUCCUCAGCCGCUGGUUCUGCCACCUCCGCUGCCGGUUCUGCCACUUCCGCCGCUGGGUCUGCUGCCGGUUCCGCUACCUCCGCUGCUGCCUCAGCCGCUUCUUCAGCUGCCUCUUCCGGUGCUCUCUCCAACAAGGUCGUCGCUCUUCCCGCUGUCGCCCUCGCCGUUGUUGGUGGUCUCGCCCUACUCCUUUAA